AUGAUUGUGAGUUUCUGUCAAAUUUCUUGUACCAAAGACUGCUCUGAUAAUUAUGCGGGUGAAUAUAGCACUAGUGGUGUGUACACCAUCAUCACAGCAGAUGGACCGGUGCAGGUCUACUGUGAUGUGGAGUCCGGUGGAAAAAAUGACAGAGGACACUGGACAGUGUUUCUCAGGCGAAUGGACGGCGAGGUGAAUUUCUUUAGGCGAUGGGAGAGUUAUAAGAAGGGUUUUGGUAAUACAACAGGCGAACACUGGCUGGGUUUAGAGUUACUUCAUCAGCUCACGCGUAAGGACCAGUAUAAACUCAGAGUAGACUUUGAAGGGAAGAAGGUUUACGCUCUGUACGAGUCUUUCUCUGUGGGCUCUGAGGCUGAUGGGUACAAACUGCAAGUGAGCGGCUUUGUAAAUGGAGGAGCAGGUGACUCUUUAUAUUAUCACAAUGGGAUGAAGUUCUCCACCUAUGACAAAGACCAAGAUAAUUCAGGAAAGAAUUGUGCUAUGAAAUACUUUGGUGGAGGGUUUUGGUACAACAGUUGUUAUUACACAAACCCCACUGGUCACUAUUUGUGGGAGAAUGAUGGUACAUUAAUGGAUACUGGAGCCACCUGGUACUUCUGGAAGAACAGCUGGGAUCCUCUGAAGUCCAUCACCAUGAAGAUCAGACGUGUGAUGUAGAGCAGAGCUUACAAAUGCUUCACUGCAGCUUUUGCGCACAUGCACAACUUCAUGCAUACAUGUGGUUCUUUCUUAAAUAUGGUGACAAACAAGUCCAUUGGCUUUUUAUGAUGAAAAUUGUUUCAAAACGUGAAGAAACCUCAAAUAUGAAAUAUUUCACUCAUAUUGUCUUAAAUGAAAAAUAUAUUAAAAAAGAACUCAGGUUCCUGAAAAAUCCUUUGCCCUCUUUAAUAAAACAAAUGUGUUGAAAUCGGGGUCAUGACUUCCUUUGUGUCCCACUGCAGCAGCUGGAAUAAAGCAAUAAAAGUUUAUUAUCAAAGCAAUAUA